AUGACUAGUCCUGGCACCAAGGCGUCCUGGCUCUCGCAGCCGAUGGUGAAGAGCGUGGUGGUGUAUCGCAACGGGGACCCUUUCUUCCCGGGGCGACGCAUUGUCAUCAAUGAGAAGAAGGUGUCCAACUUCGAGGUCUUCUUGAAAGAGGUGACAGGCGGGGUGAAAGCACCCUUUGGAGCUGUACGUAACAUCUAUACCCCCCGGGGUGGGCAUCGUGUCCGGCAGCUGGAGGAGCUUCAGAGUGGAGAGCAGUAUGUGGCUGGUGGCAGGGAAGCCUUCAAGAAACUCAACUAUUUGGACAUUGGAGAAACAAAGAAAAAACCUGCUGAAGUCAAUAAUGAGGUCAAGCCAGUUACUCACAGUAGAAUCACUGUGUCAGCACGGUUUCGAAAACCACUCCAGGAGCCCUACACUAUUUUCCUGAUUGCUAAUGGAGACCUUAUUAGUCCUGUGGUGCGCCUCCUCAUUCCCAGGAAAACACUGAAUCACUGGGAUCAUAUUCUCGAAAUGGUCACAGGAAAAGUUACCCUUAGAAGUGGAGCAGUUCACAGACUUUACACUUUAGAUGGAAAACUUGUUCAGAAUGGGUCAGACUUGGAGAAUGGGCAAAUAUAUGUUGCAGUGGGUAGAGAAAAGUUUAAGAAGUUGCCAUAUGGUGAUCUGCUCUUUAGCAAAUCUACAAUGAAAAGGCCACAAGGUUCCAAAACCUCUGUACUACCUCCGAUUGUGGGAUCUCGAAAGUCUAAAGGCAGUGGAAAUGAUCGGCAAUCUAAAUCUACUGUUGGAUCCAGUGACCCUGGAGAAAACAGUUCCUCACCUCAACUUCCCAAAGGCAAAGAUAAAAAAAGCCAGAAUCCAGAGGAUUAUGUGUCCAGACGACACUUUUCUAACAACUCUACAAAAGUAAAACAGACAGUAAGAGUAACAGCUUCCACAGGAGUCCUUCAAGACAAUGGUGAAGAUCUUUAUAAAGCCAGAGAAGAGCAGUCUGAAGUGUGGGGGGCAGCUGAAGUGCAGGAAGAUGAAGAUACUCGUGUAGAAGUUCCACUGGACCAG